AUGCGUAAAAGAUUGCAAGAGUACGUGGAUUUGAAAAGCGAUAAUGUAGUUGAUAACGUAAUCGAUUCCGAUCUAAAUGAGCUGAAGCUUGCGGCCAAGAAGUUCAUCCAUUAUGCAGCCCUGGUAGGGGGCAAAGCCCUUGGCGAUUCUUUCUUUAAAUGGCUCGCUUCCUUCGCUGCGAUUUAUUUACUGAUACUGGAUAGUACAAACUGGAGGACGAAUAUAUUGACGGCGUUAUUAGUGCCUUACAUAUUCUUCAGCUUUCCCGAGUCACUGUUCUCCUUUUUAAGAGGUAAUGUGGGAAAAUGGAUUGCAUUCGUCGCAGUUGUGCUCAGGCUUUUCUUUCCUAGACAUUUCCCUGAUUGGCUUGAAAUUCCUGGCUCAAUGAUUCUUAUUUUGAUAGCAGCGCCCGACAUAUUUGCUAAGAAGUUGAGGAAUAACUGGAUUGGAUUAGCGAUUGAUCUUUUCAUUGGUUGUUACCUACUACAAGAACAUAUAAGGGCUUCUGGGGGAUUCAGAAAUUCUUUCACACAGAAACAUGGAAUAUCAAAUACUAUAGGCAUUCUCCUCCUCAUAGUCUAUCCUAUUUGUGCAUUCAUUCUCCAUUAA